AUGCCACCUGUAAAAGAUGAAAAACCUCCUGUUCGUCCAUUGAAUACUUCCGCACAAAUUCAACAAAUCUUUACCGAAGUUCAAUUACAACUGCCUAGUGUUAACUUCGAUAAUGAUGAUGAUGAUGAUUCAAAUAAUAAUGAAGAAAUACUUGAAUCAACUAUUCCUGAAAAUACGGAUGAUCUUCUUGAAUCUUUAUCAAAUACGAAUACAAAUUCAUUUCUUACAUUACAUCCAAGAAUUGAAACACCUCAACAACCACCAAGUGUUGAAUCACAAAUGCGUCUUUCUCCUAAUCCAUUAGAUAAUUCAUUACAAAAUCAAAAUUCACCACCAAAAUCAUCAUUCCUUUCAAUGGAUCUUUUCAAUACAAUUGAUUUCGAUAAAUUACCAUCUUUAAUAUCUAAUAAUGAUCGUCCUCAACAUUCAACUGGAACACGUUCAUUUCAUCGUCCACGACCAAUGAAUAAUAAUCCUAUAUCAACUGACCAACAAACGAAUGUAAAAAAUCGUGAUGAUCGUCAAAUUCUUGAGCGUCUUGCUCAACAAGCAAAUAAAUUUAAUAUUAAUCAAAGAUCUCAUUCAACACAAGAACAACAUGAUUCAUUUAGAGAAAUAGAAUCAGCUUUAUAUGCUGCAUCUCAGGAUCGACAUGGAAAAAGAAUAGGAAUACCUGAAUCUGAACGUAAAACAAUUUAUAUUGAUUUGCGUAAUGCAAAUGUUCAACAACAAGAAAAACUUCAAGAUGAACAACAAUCAACUAAUCCUAUUAACCCAUCAUCGUCACAACAAAUACAAUCAUCAGAAUCAGAAAGUGAUGAUGAUGAUGAUGACGAUGAUCGUAAUGACGGGAUGUUAUGGUUUGAAAAACGACAGCAAGCAAAAACCCAACAACAACCGAAUUCAACAAAUCAAUAA